UGAAGUCUGAAUUACAGAAGAUCCCGCUCAUGCUUCUUUUUUACGGUGCUUACGAAUCAAGCUCCUACAUUGUGUUCUAGGGCACAAAGUAGCAGAAACCAAAAACCCGGUUGAGCCAGACACGCUCGACAAGAUUCGCAGACGACCCCUCUCGCUGUACUCAUUUCAAUGGCUGACGCCCCAGCCCCUCCAGCGACCGAAGACCCCAGUUCCCAACAAUCGGAACCAGAUAACCCUACGUCGCAAACUUCCCAAACUGAUCCAGCGUCCGUCGCACCAGCUCCACCGCAACAGCAGUCAUCAACACCCGUAGCGCCAAUCCCUAACCCUAAUCCGAGUCCGGCUCUAGUGCCCCCACCACCCCCUCCAGUGGCAUCCUAUGCGCCACCACCGAUGUCCGGUGCAGGUGCAACCGCCAGCGUCCCUCCUAGUGUCCCGUUUUUCCGUCCGGUUCCGCAGGUCUCGCCGAUUCCGAAUUACCAAAACCCUGGCGUGCCGCCGCCUGGUGUGAGUUCCGCGCCAUCGAUGAUGCCCGGCUCGGUGCCGGCGCCCAUGAUUUCAUAUCAAGUUCCGCCCGGUCAGUCUAUGAAUCCGGCAAUGAGACCUUAUCCUCCAAUGCCGAAUGGUUAUGUAGCUACUCCACAAGGGACCAUGAUUCCUGCCGGACUUUCUCGAUAUCCUUCUCCAUACCCAGCUAUGGUUCGACCUGCAUUUCCUCUACGACCACUUGGAGCAGUCGGCAUGCUUCCGGGAGUAGCACGUCCCCAUUUUCCUGGUAUCCCAGGGGUUCGGCCGAUUAUCCCUCCUAUUGUGAGGCCAGUUGAUCCUUCUGUUACACCAGUGGAGAAACCUCAAACUACAGUAUAUAUUGGCAAGAUAGCGCCAACGGUGGAUAAUGAUUUUAUGCUCUCUCUCCUUCGGUUAUGUGGACCUGUUAAGAGCUGGAAACGAGCACAAGAUCCUUCAAAUGGGACUCCUAGAGGCUUUGGAUUCUUUGAAUUUGAGUCAGCUGAUGGGAUUCUACGUGCAUUAAGACUGCUUAGUAAAUUUGAUAUUGAUGGGCAGGAGCUGGUGUUAAAUGUUAAUCAAGGAACGAGAGAAUAUCUCGAGCGAUAUGUGGAAAAGAAAACUGCAAAUGCGAAGAAACUAAAGGAAGGUCAAGCUGCUGAGGAUGGGAAAGAAGGGGAUAAUGCUUCAGGUGUUGAGAAGAAUGAAGUUCUUAAAUCCUUUGCUGAAGACUUGAAGGAGGAAAAUGAUGCGGAGAGUAAAGAUAACAAUAAUUUUUCCAACUUUGGGAUCGUGACUGAUGAAGACAAGGAAGAUGAUCAAGAUGCCCUAGAUAAGCUUACAAAUAUGAUAGAUGAGAGGUUAAAGACCAAACCGCUGCCUCCACCUCCUGCACAAAUACCUGCUGAUAGUUCUGGGCAUGCAAACCCAGAACUGCUGUCUAAAUUGAGGGAGGGAGACUCUGAUGUGGAUAUAACUAAAAAUGAUGCAGUCAAUGAUAGAAAUGAUGAUGAGACAACUAGUAACAACAAAGCAACAAGUGAGCAUGAUAAGCCUGAAACAAGCUCACCUGAAAGGAGUAGAAGAUAUGACAGAAGAAGCAGAGAGAGAGACAGAGACAUAAAACGAGACAAGGAACGGGAAAUUGAGAGAUACGAAAGAGAAGCAGAGCGAGAACGAGUAAGGAAAGAGAGGGAGCAAAGAAGAAAGAUAGAGGAUGCUGAACGUGAGUAUGUGGAGUGCCUUAAAGAGUGGGAGUAUAGAGAACGAGACAAAGAGAAGCAGCGACAGAAUGAGAAGGAGAAGGAGAAAGACAGGGAACGUAAGCGCAAGAAGGAGAUUCUUUAUGAUGAAGAAGAAGAUGAUGAUAGUUCAAGGAAAAGGUGGCGAAGGAGUACACUGGAGGAUAAGAGGAGAAGGAGACAACGAGAAAAAGAGGACGACUUGGCUGACAGGCUAAAAGAAGAGGAAGAUAUUGCUGAGGUCAAGAGGAGGACUGAGGAAGAACAGCAGCAGCAACUACAGAGAGAUGCAUUGAAACUUUUGUCCGGACAUGUUAUAAAUGAAAAUGAGAAAAAAGUAACGGUAGAAGAAAGCAGUUCUGAAGGUGAAAAUAAAGCAAUUGAGCAGGAUGAAGGUAAUCUACACCAUCCAGGUGAUGGAGCUUUACAGAAUGGUACUAGUGAUGAUUCAGCGACAGUGGCAAAUGCGGAAUCAGAAAUGCGGCAGAGUGGCAAUGCCCCUUCAAGAAAGUUGGGGUUUGGUUUAGUUGGUUCUGGAAAACGAACUGCUGUUCCAUCUGUGUUCCAUGAGGAAGAUGAUGAUGAUGCACACAAGGAUAAAAAGAUGAGGCCCCUGGUUCCCAUUGAUUAUUCAACUGAGGAAUUGCAGGCCGUCCAACCUAGUGUUUCUGGAGAACAACCUGUAAAUCUGGCUGCUGUGGCAGAAUUUGCGAAGCACAUUUCACAUGUUGCUUCCAAAGAAGAGAAGCCUGAUGCAGAAAAAGAAAGAAGCAGACGUGAUCGUUCAGGCCAGAGGGAUAGAGACAGGAAUGAUGAGGAUAAUAGUCGAACCAGGGAUAAUAAAAAAGAGAAGACUUAUAACCGAGAAAGGGACCGAGAGGUCAAGACAUCAGAUAAUAAGAAGCUCUUGGAUGCAAAACAACUGAUUGAUAUGAUCCCAAAGACCAAGGAGGAAUUGUUCUCAUAUGAAAUAAAUUGGGCUGUGUAUGACAAGCACGAAUUGCAUGAGAGAAUGAGACCAUGGAUAUCCAAGAAAAUUACAGAGUUCUUGGGAGAGGAAGAAACCCCCCUUGUAGAUUACAUUUUAUCAAGUACUCAAGACCAUGUGAAGGCAUCCCAGAUGCUGGAGCUGCUUGUGUCAAUAUUAGAUGAAGAAGCUGAAAUGUUUGUGCUGAAGAUGUGGAGGAUGCUCAUUUUUGAAAUUAAGAAGGUGGAGACGGGUCUUUCCUCGAAGUCAAAAGGCUAGCGGAAGUCUACUUGAUUAUCGCCCUGCACAAUAUGAUGCAUGACCAUUGCUUUUCAGGUGGCCUAGUUUCCCAGUAGCAGAGAUUAGACAAUAGAUUGUAUGAAUUAAGCUUAUUUUUUGUUGCCUUUUACUGUAUAAUCACUUACCGUCUGCAAAUGCAUCUAUACGGUUCUGCUGGUCCCUUUUCUUGCAUCAAAAGCUGCAUGUGAUC